CCAAACACAAACAACUCUUCCUCUUCCUUCACAUCGCAGCGCGUGAACAACAACAAAAACAUUUCCAUAACCGCCACCAACUACCCCAUCUCCCUCAAAAUCUCUCACAUUCACACAAAACAACAAAACUAAGGUUGGUCAAAUUAACGUUAAUAAAAGCGUGUGUCCCACGCUACAAUACAAAACACAAAUCAAUCAUUCAUAGGCAUAACGUUGUUGCAGAGAUUGGGAUUUCGUUGAAUUGAUAAAUGACGAAUAAUGGUGAUACGAACGAGUUGACUCAGGGAAGCGAGAUGUACUCACCGAUAACAAAUCAAGCAUGGGGUGCACUGUUGAAUUUGAUGGGUUUUUUUUACCAGUUUUUUUCUCAGAUUAUUGGAUCCUUCGCGCAUUUUCCUUUACUCUCUUUCUCUUCUUAUAAAUCAUUCAAAUCUCUGCCCAAUGUUGACCAUGAUUCCGAUCUUCAAAUCGCCUCCGACGCGGAUCACCGCCCGCUCAAAAAGCUCACGGUAGUGCUUGACUUGGAUGAAACACUGAUAUGUUCAUAUGAGACAUCAAGUUUACCAGAUACACUAAAAACUCAAGCAACUCAAGCUGGUCUAAAUUGGUUUGAACUCGAAUGUGUAUGCGCUAACAAGGAAGUAGAUGGAAAACCAAAAAUCAAUUAUAUCACCGUCUUUGAACGCCCCGGGUUGAAAGAAUUUCUAAAGCAACUAAGCGAAUUCGCUGACCUGGUUCUGUUUACUGCUGGUCUUGAAGGUUAUGCUAGACCACUUGUUGACAGAAUAGAUACAGAAAAUCGGUUUAGUCUACGACUUUAUCGACCCUCAACAGUCAACACUGAAAAUCGGGAACAUGUAAAAGAUCUUACGUGCAUAUCAAAGGAUCUAAGUCACAUUGUUAUUGUAGACAACAAUCCUUUCAGCUUUUUAUUGCAGCCAGACAAUGGAAUUCCAUGCGUGCCAUUUUCUGCAGGGCAACCACAUGAUACACAGCUUAUAGAUGUGAUUCUUCCACUUCUCAAACACCUCUCUGACCAGAAAGAUGUUAGACAUGUGCUCCAUGAUGCGUUCGGUAUGCCUGAAUGGUUCCAACAACAUGGGUUUCCAGUUCCAAGUUAACAUCAUUGGAAGUUUUUUUUUUUUAUUAAGCUCUUGUUGAGAUUUUGUCUUAAGAAUAGCCAGCUUAUCAUUCAACUCCAUAGAUUUUACUGUAUACAGUCAAUUUUGUUCCUGGAGCAUCCAUAGAUUUCAAAUGCUGCUUGUUGAAUCAAAUCAAUUCUUCAUUUAUACAUGAAGAUCACUAAAAUUUUGAUUCUUGUUUACAGGCUUCAAAUUUAGUAUCUCAUUUCUGUCUUAGUCUUUCGAUUUCUAAGAACAAUUGGGUAUUGGUAAUCUAAUUUUUUUUUAGCUAAAAAUCAUUCUAGCCAAGAUUCUUACUCAGAUAUUUUCAAUCAAUUCAAGAUUAAGAAAAUUUCUUCACCCACCUCCUAACCUUCUUGCCCACCCCUGGUGAAUUUACCAC